AUGCAAAGGGGGGCCGGUAAGGCGGCUCCUUCACCGGCGUCUUCGGCGCCGGUGCUGGUGGUGUCGGAGGACGAAUUUCCCUCCCUCCCUCCACCACCCUCCAAGGGAAAGGGUAGGGGCAAGGACCCCAAGAGAGGAAAAGAGGUGGCCUGGACCGCGUUUGGCCCAGCCAUCUCUAGUGGAAGCGUCGAACAUGCUGCAGCUGGGGCCGGGGCUGUUGCGGCGGGGUGGACGGAGGUGGUCCGCCGCAAGGCCCCCAAAAAGAAGGAAGUUGUGCCGGUAACCAAAACACCGGCGCCACAGCCAAAAAAGAAGGCGGGCCCUAAGGAGGGCCCCAAGAAAGUGGCGCUCCCACGCUCACAGGCCGUAAUGUUGAAGUUACGGCCUGAAGCAGCGGCUAAGGGGGCGUCGUAUUUAUCGGUCCUCCUCAGGGCCGAGAAAGAGGUCGACAAAAAGGAGCUGGGCAUCGGGCCCCUGAAAAUCAGAGCGACGGCUACAGGGGCCCGCAUCAUCGAGGUGCCCGGCUCCACCAGUGCGGACAAAGCCGACGCUUUGGCCGCAAAGCUGAGGUCCGUACUGGCGGAGGAGGUGGAGGUGUCGAGGCCCGUGAAAUUCACGGAUGUAAGAGUAACGGGCCUCAACGACGCGACGACUGCGGACCGGCUGAUAGCCGCGGUCGCGCAGGAGGGGGGCUGCACAGAGGCCCAGGUCAGUGUUCGUAGCGUGCGACCUGGGCCUCGCGGCACAGGCUCCGCCCUGGUGGAGGUGCCGGCUGCGGCGGCUAGAAAGCUGCUGCAGCUGGGCAGCCUGUCAGUCGGGUGGAGCCAAGUGCGGCUCUCGUACAUGGAGGCACGACCCAAGCACUGUUUCAAGUGCUUGGGAACGGGGCACGUCGCAGCCGCGUGCCCCAGUCCAAAAGACCGCAGCGGUUUGUGCUACCGCUGCGGCAAGGAGGGCCACAAGUCCGCCCAGUGCUCCGCGUCACCGCGCUGCGCUGUGUGCGCGGACGGGAGCAAGCCGGCGGACCAUGUGAUGGGGGGUCAUUCGUGCCGCCCCCCAUCCACCCGUGGGAAACUCCCGGCCCAGCCACAAAGGGCGGGGGUUUCGAGGCGGGCGUCGGGAGCUGAGAUGUCCGAAUAA